AUGUAUUUCGUUGUCCACUUUUUAACGCCCAGGUGUAACUACGCCCACGGGCUGGUGCAGCUGCGAGGCGCCGCCCGCCACGGCAAGUACAAGACGAGGAACUGCCAGUCGUACCACCACACGGGCUCCUGCCGCUACGGCGCCCGCUGCUCCUUCAUCCACGACCCCGAGGAGGGCGUCCUCAAGUGCUCCAUCGCCAACAAGGAGGUGCUGGAGGCGCUGCACUACCGGCCGGCCAGCGAGGACGGCGGCCGCACCGCCAGCAUCACGUGGCGGCUCCUCGAGGCGGCCACCGACCCCGUUCCUGAGCUCCACCUCAUCGCCUGCUCGAGGCCGCUCGAAGAGGAGCUCAGUCUCUUCCUCUCCUCCUACUCGCCUCCUGAGGAACGCAGGACGACCAGCAGCGAGAGGAUCGUAGCGCAGGAUGACGAGAACGUUUUUGGCUUCGCGCUGCCCCACCGGAGCGACGCGAGAACGGAGCGGUUUCGACAGAACGUAGACCUGCUGAGCACGCUGAGGUCGUGCGAGCUGGAUUACUGCGCCUUCGGGGACAAGUUGUUGCCUGAGGCGCCGCAGCUCUUGGCCGACGCAUGCCACAGGAGGCCUAGGACGAAAAGCGAGAGCGCGUGCCACGUGCUAAACCAGGUGUUUCCGACGGUGGACGGUGUGGGUGAUUCGUGUCUCGUUGUGUCCGACAUCCGAGGACUUACUGACGGUCCCCAAGGACGCCUGGGAACUCGACGACGACUCCUUAAGUAAACCGGAUAGAAUCACGUGUCAGGAGGUGGAUCGCGAGGACCUGAAGGAGCUCGAAGUGGUGCAGGAUAUCCUCCACAAGGCGCCAGUCUACUCUGCGACCGUCUGGAGCGACGGCACGUGUGACGUCAAGGAGGAGGGUCGUUGCG